AUGCCGCCAAGACUACCGCCAAGACCGCCGCCUGGCCGGGGCCCGUUUCCCCGAGGCCCACCGCCGCGAGGCAUCAGCCCUGGCCGGGGUGGCCGCGGUAGCCCAGGCCGGGGCACGCCCGGACGGGCGUCGCCAGGACGUGGCGCGCCGACCCCGCCGCCAGGCGCCGCUGCACCGCCGACGCCUCCGCCGCCGACACCGACACCACCACCAGCACCCGAAAGCCCGCAGAAGAAAAUGUUCGAAGACCUGAUGGCAAAGAAGCUGGCCGAGUGGGAUCGCAUGAUGGGCUCAGGCAAGGACGAGGAACGCGCUCAGAGUUUCGACAUGUUUCGCAAGCUGAGCGACGAAGAAGUCGACCUGGCCAACAGGACCGUCUCGAAAAACAGGCUUAAGGAGUUCGUCGACCUCCAGAUCCAGUACUUCGACCAGCUGGCCGGCCAGAACAACCCGAAGGUGAGAAGUGAAGGAUUGAAGAAGUUUCAGCAGGUCUGCGAGAAGGAAUUGGCGUUGGCCAAGGCUGUCGGACCAAAGGAAGCGCUGCUCGAAGAGAGCGAGAGCGACUCUGCGCUUCCGUCCAGGCCUCCAUCCAAGUCUUCAAUGGCGGAUGUAAGAAAGGAAGAAACCGACAAAGAUACCGAAACACCAGUCUCCGAUAUUGAUAAAAAGCUCCAGCUACUUAGUCAGCUAGAAUCAGCCAGGGGUGUAUUGCAGAAGCACUGCUCACCUGGCUCAAGCACAAGCAUGGCUGAAGAAGUGAAGAACCGCCUUCGUAAAAUAAACCGGCUGCAGAUGAAAGUUAUAGACGAAAUACUUGGAAGCAAAGUGGACCUGACGUCAGAAAUAGUGUCCGACCUUCGACCAGAAAAAUAUGAACGGGAAAAGUUUGAUGAUUUGAGAAAAGAAGGCGGUGCUGUGGUCGAUGUUAAGGAAAAGAAAGGUAAGAAAGGGAAGCGUUCUAAAGAGCCGAAAAAGAUAGUCGUGGAGCUGCCUGAGUACAGUGAACCUAAUACGCACGUGGUUACCGCUUCGAUAUCUCGGUUUGAUGCUCAGGGUGUGUGCACGGGGACUACCGACCUCUGCCCCGGGCCACAAGAGUCCCGCCCCGAAGUCAUCUGGGAGAGGCCCCGCUCUGAAACGAGGGCACCUGACAGGAUGAGCAUGGCUGGACCUCCUCGUGAUGCAAUCGCAGACUACGGGCCCCCGCCAGAUAUUGGACCACGUUGCAUUCAUUACGAACAGCAUAUCCAGUUGAUCACGGACAAUGUGCCGCACUAUCACGAAGAGAUGAUGCCGCCUGAAGAAGAUAUGUACUACCAGCAACCAGCUAUUCCUGCGCCUACUUAUUCCGUCCUACAGUCGCAAUGCUUCACGCCGCCUCCUUGCUUGCCUCUGGAAUUCGACAUAAACUUGAGUUUCCUUCGAGAGGUCAGCGACGUGGGCGUCGAGGCAGAGGAGGAGGAGCCAGAUGACGAGGAGGACGAGCGGUCGCUCGAUCUUCCGCUCGAUCCUCCACCGAGCAAGCCCCGGAUGCUCUCCCAGACAACCAUCAUCGUUAACCGGCCCGAGCAAGGCGUGCAAACAGAAAUAGCACAGCCGCCACCAGCCGAGCCCUUACAGCCGACACAGCCUCCGCAACCUGUGCCUCCGCAGCCUAUGCAGAAGGCACCAGAACCGCCGCGGCCUCCAUCGCCGCAGAUUCACGUGCAAGCUGUUGAGGUGAAGCAGAGCUCGUCGAAUGACAAGCGCUUCGCCAAAAGCUGCGAGGAGAGCCUGCAGAGAAUUGCCGACUCAGUAGAUGACAUCCUCCAGUCCCUCAGUUCUUUGUCGUCCGACUACGCCCAGGGUGCGGUGCGGCAGCAUCAGGACCAUUACGACGACGAUUCUUACGAUGACUCUUACGACGAGUACGAUGACUUGUCAGAAUCCGACGACCCACCACCUCGCCGCCAGAUGCAGAGAUCUAGGGGUAGGCGUCGCACUAGCGGCUGCGAUGACGGUCCUUCACUUUGGGGCUGGCUCUGUCGAGGGGUCCGUGCCAUAAGGGAGGGCUCACCGUCCAGGCCGAACCAGAAUGGCUCGCACACCGUGCAAGUGGCGAAUCGGAUCCGUGAGCUGGUGCAGAGGGUGAUCCAAGCCUCCAAUGAGGUCAUUAUGGCUCGCAAGGCGAUCCAACAAGGUGGGCUGCAGGGGGAGAUCGCCAUGCAAAACGUGUUCGAAGCCGAAAACAAACUGUGGCAGUUGAUUAACCUCGAGAGCCAGCUGGCCAACGAGCUGGCCCAGUACCGAACGCUUGACACCACCUCGAACAAGGCGUACUUCGACAGCAUCAUCCAGGCGGAGGACAAAAUCAGACGCCUGAUACAGGUCGAGACGCAGCUGGCCAAUGAGAUUGGAGCGUGGCGCCAGUUGUCGUCCCAAAUGCCUCAGUCGACGUCCUAUACACGCACGACUAUGUACAGGGUUCCGGGAACCGCUUACAGCACUUCAUCUGCGACACCCACCGGCCUGCUGUCGCCCUCGACGAGCUCAACAGGCUACACGUCUUAG